AUGUCACCUCCAUCUUCACCACUUGGAAUAAAUAGAACGGUAACAAACGAUUUAAACGAGGUAUACGAUUGCGCAUCACAGAUCUCGGAUCAAUUACGACCUAUUCAUGCAAACGUACAACUACCAAGUAUCAGUGAACUAGACGGAAUGAUUGAUAAUACUGGCAAAAUGAUGCGUGUCUUGGAUGAUGCAAAACAAACAUGGUUCAUUCCGUCCGUCACACAACAUCGGCCGGUUGUGUCAAAUCCAGAAUCAACUUCAAAGCGUUCUUUAAAACGACAGAGAACUAGCAGUAACGCACUACCUUCAAAGAACCAAUGUCAUUCAUGUAAAAGUACUGAAACACCCGAGUGGCGUAAAGGUCCCCUUGGCCCUCGCACUUUGUGCAAUGCAUGUGGUCUAAUUUGGACUAAGCUCUGUAAACAACAAGAAGAAGAUGAUAGUUCAAGAAGAAAGUUUAAAAAUAAUUCAUCGACUUCUUCACCAGUCAUUGUUGAGGAUGGUAUUAGCAGCAGUAAUAAUAGUAGUCCGGCCCUAUCUUCAUCUAGUUUAAAGGAUAAUAACAAAAAAUACACCCUUUCCUUUUUAUUGUCUUAG